ACACGUCCAAGACAAGACACCCCGUGGUGCUUACCCCUGAUGAGAGCAACACCGCUGAAGGCACAAGUCAACCCUUGCUGCCUGAUGUAUGGUAUCAUAUCAUGUAUCAUAUCAUCCUGCUCCCUGUAUUGUAAUUCUCUGCCCACUGCCCUGGGUUGAAAGUUGAAACCUGCAAAGUGGUCGCCUUUAAGCAAAAAGGAGGAGUUGAAAAGGUUGCAAGAUCUUAGUUAUAUUUCACGGGGUCAAUCCAUCCAUCCAUCAAUAGCCGCACUACUGUCUUCUCUUCUCCAGCGGACAGGUAAUAACUACCUCAGGCGUCCGAUCAACUUGCCUAGAUCCACUAGACGUUAUCAUCUUCGACCUAGGAGUACCUACCUAGUGGCUGACAAGCUGCACACCAGGUGCUCGAUCAUAUGUUUGGCAGAGGCCCGCAUUCUCUUUCGCGUUGCGAGUGAUAGUGUUUGGACAAUCAUUUGGUUUGGGAAUUGAGGCCACAGGUGUCUUGUUAAGCAGGGAGGAGUGAAGAACAUGAAUUGCAUCUGGCAAUUAUGCUUUUUGGGCUUUUGUCGAAAAAAGAAUAAUAUGCUUCCCGCGUUGUGUAUGAUGGUGUGCCCAGAUGAACACAUUUGCCUUUCCGGUUCCCAUCACUCGAUUCAUCUGAUGAUUCUGCUUUAAUUUCUCCCAACAAGUGUCACUUCGUUAUCCCUUUUUUUUUCUCCAUCUUCUUUAUUCGUUCAUUUCUGUUAUUGUCAGUCUGUGUUAAUCAACAGGAAUAACUGCACAAAAUGCAGCUCCCUGAAAUGAAUGGUUCUUCAUUGAACUCAGCCAUUUUGCACAAGGCAAUUUUAACAUCAGUACAAGAGCUGCUGCAUGCAAGAUAUACACGAGAACGCAAGGAGAACACAAAUUUUACUGUGCCACCACAACAAACACUUCCUGAUGGUUGGACAAUGUUGCAGACACAGGUAGUAGUGAAGUACCAGAGCUACAGCUUGGGAGAGGCCAUGAAGAGUUCUUCAGUUGCACCAAGCCUGAAACAGAAGCAAGGAGAUGCUAGCAAACUGCAGGAUGGUGUCCCCAACAACCUUGAGCUUAGGCUUGGCAUCUCUUCAGACAAUGGCCUGAGUAGUGGUGGUGGUGGUGCUACUACUCCAUGGCUUGGUGUUGGAGUGCACCCUUGGAGCCUGUCCGCCAGGCAAGACAAGGCAGCCCUGGAACAACCUCAGCAGAGGCCUAAUGAGUGUCCUGCCCACAGAGAAGAUCGACCUCAACUGGUCGGAUGGCCACCGGUGCGCACAUUCCGCAAGAACCUGUCUGCCACAUCCACGAGGCCUGCAUAUUCUGGAGACCUGAGCAAAGUGGAACCAUGCUAUGAAGAAGAAGACCAUGGAAACAUAAACACUGGAGUUUCAGUACAAGAGAGGCCAGCCAUGUUCGUGAAGGUGAACCUGGAAGGGUACGCUGUUGGGAGAAAGAUUGACCUGAAGGCACACCACGGCUACGGCUCGCUGUCCGGUGCUCUGCAGAGCAUGUUCCAUGGCUUCUUGUCAGAUGGCCAUGGGAGGAUUGCAACCAGAGAGGAUGAAGAGCAGCUGGAAUAUCACAAGGGCAAGGGCACGAUGAAGAACUACAUCCUUCUGUACGAGGACAACGAGGGCGACCGCAUGCUCGUCGGUGACGUUCCGUGGGAGCUGUUCGUCGCUUCGGUGAAGAGGCUCUACAUUGCCAAGGACCCUAGAGCUGACAAAAGCAACAAGAAGUAGAACAACGGAUGAUCAGGUGUGAGGCAGUUCCUGUGCAACUAGCGGACUGCAAAUGACAACAGGAAAUUUCAUAGCCCCAACCUGCAUGGAUCUCUCUCGUGGAUCAUGCAGAUAUGGUCUUCCCCUCUAAUGAGCUCACCUGUGGUGUGUCUAGGGGCGUAGUGCGAUUAAUUACUGUAGGAAGUUUUGCUUGUGCAAUCGAAUAGAUAGUGGAUUAGCUAAUGUUCAUGUAAAAUAACGCAGGGUGUAAUUAUGUACUGUACCAUAUAUGGUGAAAUAGGUAGUACGUCAACGGUACACUGACAUGCUGAAUCUUCUCCUUGGAAGUGUUUUAUUGAUCGGCGUGCAGCUUUUAUGCUCUCAUCAAAGUUUGUUUGAGGAAUUUAA